AUGCCAACUCGCCUUGUGACAAGUCGUACUCAAUUCUCCAGUUGCGAUGAAUGCCGCCGAUCUCGUGUAGCGUGUGACGCUCAAAGAAACCCCGACAAUCCACCUGGAGACCCUUCUUCGCCAUGCACACGAUGUCGGAACCGGAACCAAACAUGUACUUUCCAGUGGCUUGAAAAUGCCAGAGCAAAUACUUCUUCGAGUGCAAAGGGGAAGUCCCGUCGAAGUCGAAGGACAACUUCGCGACCAAUAAGUGAUACAUCCUCAACACAAGCUAGCCAUGGUACAGAGACUUCUCGACAGCCGACCCUAGAUGAUAUUUCUACUUUUGAAGCAGAUAUCGCUAUCUCUGGCGACAGUUCAACCGUUUCGGCGGCCCCCCUAGAGUCAGUGCCACCAUCACGGUACACAAGCCCGCCUAGGGGCCAUGUGGGCAAUGCCAGUAUGGAGGUACUGGAUACACGAUGGCUCGACACCUUGUACAGAGAAGGGUUUGAGGUUGUAUUUGGUUCCUGGAUGGGUAGCUAUAGCUGUCCGUUCUUGUUUGGUCAUAACCUAGCCGACAAAUACGUCAGUAUAUCUGAUCUUUGUCGCCAUCUCGAUGGGUGCAUAGUAGACUCGGGCAACAGUCAACUAGUUGGUCGAGGUGAGGAUGCUGAACAGUCUCUGCAAAGCACCAUUUCUGCCUUUGCUGCGCGUUGGCUUCCCGUGACCUCUGAAGCAGAACCUUACGAGAAUCACUGUCAUCUCGUACAGUUGCUUUGGAGACAUGCCCGAAGAGACAUGCUGCGUGUCAUUAACCGACCGUCCUACAGAUCGAUGCUAUCGUUGCUUCUAUUUGCCUUGACACCAAUACCCGAAGGUAUCUCGGAGGCAGAAGAGACAGACGGCAUAUCCGGCCAAGCUUGCGUUCAUGCUGCCUUGCAACAAAUUCAAACUUUGCGAGCUCGUCAAAGAAACCUUCAAUUUAGUGGCUCCAAAGUCUCCCCUUCACUAAGAUCAGAAACCAUCGUCACAACACCCGAAUCAAUCGAAUCCUCUGGCUUCAUCAACGCCGAAAGUACCGUAUACUGGGCCGCCCUAACAUUCGAUACCUCAGCGUCCCUCACUCUGAACUGUCGAUCUUUGUUGUCUUCAAACAUAUUCGGAUUCGAGUCCGAGCUCCCUUGGCGUCUAGUCAGGACUUGUGCCAAGAUGUUUGAUGAAAAUGCCCGUCAGUGGAGUCAAGCAAGCUCCGACAUGACAGAUGAGAGGGCGAAUCAGAUAAUUGCUGCUGGUGCCUCCUGGAAGCUUCUCGGAUGGAAGUUGACUGCGAUAUUCAAGGAAGCGCUGCGUGAUGGUCACGAGGAGCCCGAGGUACGAAAGGCCUAUUUCGCUGUGGUGGAUUCCAUAAAGCAGUUUGGUAUCAUCUACCGUCCACUUUUGGACGAGUGUCACAAGAGAAUGCCGUUUCUUGGUCAAAAGACCAAAUUGCGUUGGUUCUCUCUUAUGCUUCACUACCACCUCAGCAUAUUAAUGCUAGUCGAUAUCAUCGAAGCCACCGAUCGUCAAGAUCUAUUGCAGGAUAUUACGGACAUAAGCAUCGAUGCCGAGAACACAGCCCCUCGACGAUUCCCAAAAUGGAGGGAGAUCAGUAUUUACAAUACCGAUCGUGUCAAUUGA